CGCCGUUCUCCUGGUCUCCACUAGGGCCUCGCUCCUCUUUGUGUCUGCAGUGCUGCGGUGUUAAAGUGCGUGAGGGCGAGCUGGUCUCUGGACGAGCCGAGGUCGCCUGUUGCUGCUGCUGCUGCUGCUGAUGUUGAUGUUGUGGCUGUAACGAGCUAACUCUGUCGAUGAAGAUAUACCUUUGCAUCUUGCUAACCUCGAUGUUAGCAGCUAGCCUGUUGGUGUAAAUGCUCUUCACUAGCAUGGACCUGUUGAACUCUCAGUUCAUGGACAAGAUGAACAAUAACAUCGGGAGACUGCACUACGAAGAUGAGUCCAGGACACCCUCCCUGCCCAAUGCUAUGUCCAACAUAACCGGGCCUCCUCCACACUGCCCAAGCAAACGGAAGUAUGGCGAAGAACAAAUGGACGACCGAAUCAACUGUGAUGAGGACCACAUGACCAAAAUGAGCAGAUUGUUUGCCACUCAGCUGGCCCGUCCCUCUGCUGGAGACAAUCAUAAUGAGCACUGGAGCCUCGGUCACACUCCUGUGGAGCACAUUACAUCCACCUCCAACGGUCUCCAUGGAAACCACCUGUAUGCUUCCAUUUCUAGCUAUGCUGUAGACCAGCCUCUGGCUCUGACCAAAAGCAGCCACGACAUUGGAGUCGGGACCAGAGAGAGGUCUGUCAUUAGUGGGACUGUCGAGCGGCAGCAGAAUCGUCCCUCUGUGAUUACCUGUGCCCCUGCGAGCAACCGCAAUUGUAACCUCUCGCACUGCCACAUGAAUGGCUGUUCACCCAGCCCACCUACUGAUCCGAUGAAGACCAACGCUAACACAGAAUGUGAUCCUGUGAUUGAGGAGCACUUCCGUCGCAGCCUUGGAUCAAACUACAAAGAAGCGGAGCCUGUGUCCAACUCAGUGUCCAUCACAGGUUCAGUGGACGACCACUUUGCCAAGGCGCUGGGCGAUGCCUGGCUCCAAAUCAAGGCUAAAGACGGGGGUCAUCAAACCCCAGACGCAGACCCAUGAGGCAGAGGGGAGUAAACAUUAGAACCACUUCUCUUAGUGUUUUGCACAUGAGAGUGGAGAUUGCUCGCUGUCAUUUCUUGCCAAGCAUCAACUCCCCCUAACCAAGAACAAUGUAAGACAUAUGGUGCUCACAUAGGCUGUUCCCUUGUGGACCUCGAGGUCAACCUUUUAUUAGAACACUCGGCUCAGAUUCGUACUCUAAAAAUUGGCGACGUCUCUUUUAUUGGAGAAAAGAAAAGGAAGUAUUGCGUAGUUGGGUGAACAUUGUUAGUUGUGGAAACUGUACAAUCAGAGAUUUCUUUUUUUGAUUUUGCAUUGAUAAUGAGAUUCACAAAGUGUUUAGGGGCUCAUCUUCUGUUUUACCUGCCUUGAUAGCCAAAGAAUUUCCCUGCCUUUCCCAUCAACAUAUAAGCCAUAGAUCUGGUCUUUAUUGUUUUUCACUCUAAAAUCACAACACUUUUUUUUAAUCUAUAUUACUUGAAAAAGUCAGCCAGGUCUCAUUUUACGUUUCUGACCGUUUAGGUAGCAGGGUUACCUGUUUCAGUUGGAACUAAUGUGUUCAAGAUACGUCUUGUGUUUUGAAUAUGUGAUAAUGCAAUUAAGGCUCUGGUUCCCCCCCCCCGUUCUGCUUUCUGAACACACUAGACUAAUUUGUCUUCUUUAUGAUCCUGAACUGGACUUAUCCACUGUUAACUGAAUUAUUUUAGUUUCCUGUCUAUAUGCUCACUGUGGCUGAUUCCUUAGUAAACUAAUAUCAAUCAUAGUAGAUGUGUCUAACUAGAAAGCAUGUUUCAAAUAGCUGGUUUCUAUUACAAACCUUAUUCUAUACUAUAUAUUUACUCAGAAUUUAUUUUUUAUCUGUAACAUUUUAGAAAUACUCACUGCUGGUACAGUUGUACUCAAUAUAUUUUUUGUAUCUGGUUUUCAUUACUAUAUGUAGGUGUAUAUCUUAGCACCCAUCUACAAAUCACAGCCUCUGGCAAGGUUGUCUGAAUGCAGUUUAAAAGGCUAUAUUGCUUAUUAUUCUGUGGACCUGGAUGCUACAGCUUUCUACACGACUGAAAACAGCUAAAUCUGACCUUCGGUAGCAGUCUAUUAGCAGUGGCUUUAUUUAUUCUGAACACGUCGAUAGUUUCAUGUGGACUUUCGGCAAAACACGGCGACAACACAAUUCUAACGUUGAUUUUGUUUCUUUCUAAUGAGAACAACAGAGGAUGUCUCCACUGCUUCAGUGACAAAGCAUUUGAUUUCCUUUUAAAACUAAGAUUUGAAUGCACAUGCAAUAUGGGUGUUCUUAAUUCACGAGUAGGCAUCAACAUCCCACCAUGACUGCCUGACACUUAUCAGUCACUUGUCCUUUUUUAAUCAAGACAAUGUCAUGGUGUGAGCUGCCAAAAUCUUCCUUUUAUCACGGAAAAAAGGUGCAAGUGGGUUACAAAUGUUUUUUUGAAUUAAUUUCUCACCCUUCUGAAAUCCUCUACUUAUGGUAGCCUAACCUUAUUUGUCAACACUGAUUAAGAUAUGGUAUUGUAAAUUCAGAUUUGUUUUGUAUGUCAAUUAACUGUCUAUGACAACAUCUAUUUGUAUUAAUAUUCUACAGUUUUUAAAUUGUUACACACACUAUCCUGUCUUUAUAUUUUACUCAUAUAAGACUAUCAUUGCGCCGCGCGGAAUGAUCAUAGAUAUUUUGUUUCUAUUGAGAGUAGUGUACUCAUAUGUAGCAUGGAUGCUCAUUAUCUUCUAACCAUGCCUUUUAAAAAAAAUCUUUCUAAGAGUUGGUUAUUUUCCCACAAGUGUCAGAUGAUGAAUAAGUGCAGGAACACAACAGUCUUUCGAUCAAAGACUUUCUCGGUGCAGCGUCAAAGACUUCUGUACUAACCGUUUGUUUAGCUUUUUUGUGUGUACUCUAGUGGAUUUUAGGGAUUAUCAUGGAAUCUGCUUGUUUGACACAAGUAGGUUUUUCAGUAAUAUGUUUGGGGUAUUAGUCCAUUGUUAUUUAAUUGCUAUAUUUAGACUACCUGUAUCUCAAAAACAGAAGGGUCCUGCUUCAGGUGUCAUCCACAUAGAAAAAAAGUAACAUUUGUUCACUUUUGUCCUUAUUUCUCUGGAAGAAAAUGCCACUGUUUUGUACUUAAUUUCUUCCAAAUAAACAUACAAAUGCCUACCUUUG